UCAUGGGGACCCCUGGCUGGCCUCAAAGCUGUGGAUCCAGAGCAACUUAAAGCAAGAUUAUAUUCCUAUGCUCCACAGCAAGCAUCAAUAAAUCCCAGAGUCUUACGAUUCAACAGAGUGACACAAACACAGGUCAAAAAAGCAAAUAUUCCAAUAGCUCCAAAAUUGGAGCCCGUGCCAAGUCUACAAAAGCAUCAAGAAAGGAACCAACCUGAAUAUAUACAAAAAAAGAAUAAGGAAAGGCUUGAAGCAGAGAAAUUUGCUAAGCUGGCUGAAGAACCAUUGAAGAAAAAACGCAAGAGCUCAGGCGCUCCACUUCCCUUGGAAAGACCAGAAGGUAUGCCACCAUCUCCCUUACCAGACUUGCCUGAUGACUUGAAACAGAAGCAAGAGACUCUUGGAUCUAGAGCACCGACACCAACUAAACAAGCCAAGGUUAGCACACCCAGAGGAAAGGUGCAUGCAGCUGGACCUGUUAUCCCAGCCUCAACAAAACCAAAAGUAUUAGAGACAUAUGAGGGUAUGAAUGAUACCGGUAAAAUAACACAACUCAUCAAAGAUCAUGAGAGGAUCGGAUUCCUGUACUUGAGUCCGGCUGUACCGAAAUCUUCUGUAGAUUAUCACUACUAUAACCUGAAGGUGGUGAAUCAUGAAAAUAUUAACAAAUCAGACUACUGUACAAUCAGUCAGAAAGGAGUAACUCGUAUCCGUAGCGACGAUGAAACAGAAUUUGUUACGCUGGACAGAUGGGAACUGGAAUAUGAUUAUUUCAGAAAAAUUAUUAAGAUCCCAACAUUUGCACUGUUCAGAAAAUGGAAAGCUUUCAGUGUAUGGAGAGGCAAUGUAAAAUCAAAGAAGAUUGCUCAAUGCAAGAAGGCCCUCAAUGCCAACCUCUUUAUAGUCAAUCCUUCAUUACGGCCAGCAUUGAUGAACGUACGAGAAAUGUGUCACAGGAUCAGUGACAUGGGUCUAUGCAAGGUCGAGAAAGGUCAUACAUAUUCUCUCAGAGAGUUUAACGAGGCCCAGUUUACACAGCUCAGUGAGGUGGCCGGGCGACUGAUGGAGUUCCGGGACCUUGUCAAGGAAGUUGUAAGAAGCGCCUGCCGUACUGCUCUUCUCGAGGCAGGAUUUACACCGGAUGACUAUUUCUAUGACGGUGGAGAAAGUCCAGGAGAUUUUGGAGCCCCUGGUACGGCCUCAAGUUACCUGAUGCAGAGCAACUAUGAUAUGGAUAUUUACGGCGAGGCCCCGGACAAAAUGACAUACACGGAACAAGCGAACAAGAGAGAGCAUUGUAAACGUCUAACAUGCUUCAUACGUUUGGCUGACUAUUUGAUAGUGAACACAAUGCACGUGCUAGCAGUGAACUCGGUGUCCACGUUAUUGAACUAUUUGACCGAGCAGUUACAGAACACACCGAGUCUUGCCCAGAUCCAGGGUCUUGAAGAGGAGAAUAAAGAUGAAAAAGCCGAAGAAGAAAAGGAAGAGCAACAAGAUGUUUCUACCGACCAUGAUGAUGAUGAUAAUAAUGAUAAUAAUGAUGAUAUUGGGGAGGAAGAUGAAGUUCCAAUAUUACCUCCCUUGUAUAUCUCAGAGUUUGUUCUGGAGCCAAAUCAGCUUUUGUUCUCUCCAGAUAUUGAAGAGUUCCAGGAAGGAAUUGCUGAGGUCAUCAAACGGUUUCAGGAUGCUGUGCUUUCUGUACAGAACCUGGUACCAGACACAUACUUUGAUGCAUUUACCAGACCAAUUAUCAACAACAAGUUUGAAGACAAAUCUUGCGGAGAAGGUCCAAGCCUGGCAACGAUGUUCGAAGACGAUAAACAUCUGCAGACUAUUAUACACUCCAUCAGGGAAGCUCUCACGGCUGCGUUUAGAGCUGCUAGCCAGUAUGCGGACACGUUCGAACCCCACAGAGAAUUUUAUAGAGAGAAUGAGAGCAUGGACCUUGAUGUCAUUAAAAGCCAGGAUCAAGAUGUUGCAUGGUUCAGCGAGGCUCUGGAGAGGUACCACGGUCAGCACAAGAUGGCCGAGGCUAUCAAAGAGAAGAGGUCUAUAGGAAUGUUGCUCGUGGACGCCACUAAGAUGAAAUCUCUCCUUAUACCUUCUCCACUUAGAUGUCUUAACGCUGUGAAUGAUAUGCUGCCCAAGUUGGCCAGACAGGAGGUAGAUAGACUAAUUGCUGAGCUACAAGAUGCCCAGUUCAGAUUAGAGAGUACACCAAGCACUACCAUAGAGUUUGUCAAGAGUUUGACAUUCCUCGAUGACAUUCAAGUCAGGAUUGAGCCACUGGAGAAGGAGUCUAUGGUUGUGAAGGACAUGUAUGAAUUGAUAGAUGUGUUCCAGGUCCCAACGCCACCCGAGGACUUCGCAGUGUACCAGACACUUGGCCCAAGUAUAACAAAUGUAAGAAAUGCCAUUGACAAAUCACUGGCCGAGAGAGAUGCUAACAUUGACAAGUUCUGUACACACCUGGACAAGGAUAUUGCUGAACUGAGCAAAGAAGUGAAAGAGGUGAAACAGGAAGCUCAGAACCCCAUCAUUCUUGAUGCAGCAGCGGACAAAGAGAAGGUGAAAUCUGUUCUAAAGAAACUUCUUACACAAAUGGAUGAUCUUCAACAACGCGCCUUCACGUACAAAUCCUACCAGAAAAAUUUCAAGGUUGAGGUGACCAAGUUUGACGCCCUAGAGGAGGCUCAUGCUGAACUUAAGCUCAAGGAGCUCCUGUGGAGCGCUAUAGAUGAAUGGGAUGGUCUCCUAGCUGACUGGACUCAGGUGAGUUUUGAUACACUGGAUCCGGAACAGAUGAACUCUACCACUAUGAAAUAUGCCAAGUCAGUGAUGCAGUUAGAGAAGGGACUGCCCCCUAAUGCUGUUGUCCCUAAAUUAAAGGAGAAAGUGGAACUGAUGAGAGAUAGGUUACCAGUGAUCACAGACUUAAGAAACCCAUGCUUGAAGCAGCGUCACUGGGACGUCAUAGAGAAUAUUCUGGAGUAUAAAUUCACAGCUGAAGACCCACUGACCCUUGGUAAACUGACCGACAUAAAUGCCUUCAAGCAUGCAGAGACUCUACAAGAGAUAUCGGGCCAGGCUAGUUCAGAAGCUAGUUUAGAGGGCAUCUUGAAGAAGGUUGAAGAUGCAUGGAAAGCCACUGAAUUUGUUGUCCUACAGCACAAAGACUCGAAGGACGUGUUCAUUCUAGGUGGUACAGAUGAGAUCCAGCAACUGUUAGACGACAGUAACAUAAACGUGGCAACCAUUGCCAGUUCUCGACAUGUUGGUCCAAUCAAACCUAGGGUUGAGGAAUGGACUCGGCAGCUUGAUUUGUUCGGAAAAACUUUGGAUGAGUGGUUAAACUGUCAGAGAGCAUGGCUAUAUUUGGAGAGUAUUUUCUCGGCUCCGGACAUUCAGAGACAACUACCAGCCGAGGCCAAGAUGUUCAUGCAGGUGGAUAAAUCCUACAAGGAUAUAAUGAGGAAAGUGAACAAAGUCCCUUCAGCCAUUAGGGCCGGCACCCAACCAGGAUUACUGGAAACUUUCCAGAACAACAAUGCUUUGCUGGACCAGAUUCAGAAAUGUCUGGAGGCAUACCUGGAAUCUAAGAGAGUCAUCUUCCCAAGAUUCUAUUUCUUGUCCAACGAUGAAUUACUGGAGAUUUUGGCUCAGACUAGGAACCCACUGGCAGUACAGCCACAUCUAAGGAAAUGUUUUGACGCCAUUGCUAAGCUAGAGUUUGGUAUACAAGCAUCUGAUGGAAAGUCAACUCCAGAUGGAGAACCCCAGGAGAUUCAGUACAGCAAUGAUAUCCUGGCCAUGAUUUCCCCAGAGAAUGAAAAAGUCAGUCUUGGAAAGGGUUUGAAAGCAAGAGGUAAUGUUGAAGAGUGGCUUGGUAAAGUUGAGGAGGCUAUGUUCUCCAAUUUACGUAAACUGACCAAGUUUGCCAUCACAGAUUUUGAAAGGCGACCACGUAGUGAGUGGGUGGUGUCCCAUAGUUCCCAGGUGGUGUUGACAGUAUCGCAGCUGAUCUGGUGUCGAGAAGUGACGGAGAUUCUGGAAGGAGACUUCGACCGUCUUGAGGGUAUGAAAGAAUUUGAACAGAAAAAUUUCAAGGAUUUGAAUGAAUUGGCAGCCAUCGUUCGUGGAGAGUUGCCAAAAUUAUCACGUGCAAUUCUGUGUGCCCUGAUUACAAUUGAUGUCCACGGUCGUGACAUGAUCACUGGAAUGGUCAAAAGCCAGUGUGACUCGGUGGAUAAUUUUGAGUGGCAGAAACAGUUACGUUAUUACUGGGACUUAGAACUGGACAACUGUGUCGUGAAGAUGUCAAACUCCAUGUAUAUCUACGGUUACGAGUAUCUAGGGGCGUCGCCACGUCUUGUCAUUACUCCAUUGACAGAUCGUUGCUACUUAUGCCUUAUGGGAGCCCUACAGUUGGAUCUUGGCGGUGCGCCAGCCGGACCCGCUGGAACCGGGAAGACAGAGACCACAAAGGAUCUUGCAAAGUCCCUCGCCAAACAGUGUGUCGUAUUCAACUGCUCAGAUGGUCUUGAUUACAAGAUGAUGGGAAGGUUUUUCUCUGGUCUGGCUCAAUCAGGAGCAUGGUGUUGUUUUGAUGAGUUCAACAGAAUUGAUAUUGAAGUGCUGUCUGUGAUUGCCCAACAGUUGAUUACCAUCAGAAAUGCUAAAGCUGCCAAGCUUCAGAGGUUCAUGUUUGAGGGACGUGAGAUUAAGCUUGUCAUGAGCUGUGCCGCAUUUAUCACAAUGAACCCCGGUUACGCCGGACGUACCGAGCUACCGGACAACCUGAAAGCCCUCUUCAGACCCAUCGCUAUGAUGGUUCCGGACUACACCCUCAUUGCUGAGGUGAUCUUGUACUCCGAGGGUUUUGAAUCCUCUAAGGGCCUCGCCCAGAAGAUGACCCAGAUGUACAAGUUAUGUAGUGAACAGUUGUCACAACAGGACCAUUACGAUUUCGGUAUGCGUGCUGUCAAGUCUGUUCUGGUGAUGGCCGGUGCACUGAAACGUCAGAAUCCGGACAAGAAUGAGGACGUGGUCCUCAUCAGAGCUCUAAGAGAUAGUAACUUACCUAAGUUCCUUGCUCAGGAUGCCGUGCUCUUCCAGGCCAUAUUGUCGGACUUGUUCCCCGGAGUUACCAUCCCUGAACAUGACUACGGUCAACUACAAGAGGAAAUAGAAGCUGUGAUCGAGAGCCGUCACUUGGUUGUCUUGCAAACACAGGUCAAAAAGGUCAUACAGUUCUACGAGACACUGGAGGUCAGACACGGGGUCAUGUUGGUUGGACCAACAGGUGGUGGUAAAACAACAAUUUACGAGGUUUUAGCAGAAACGUGUGAGAAUUUACACAAGAAAGAGGUGAAGAAAGAGUUUUAUCAGCCCGUGCAUACAUACGUGUUGAACCCGAAGGCUAUAACGAUGGAGGAACUGUACGGUGGUAUAAAUAAACUCACUCUGGAGUGGCAUGACGGACUCAUGGGCCUGACAGUCAGACACUGUGUACAGGACACGAGCAUAGACCACCAGUGGGUUGUUUGUGACGGACCAGUAGAUGCUCUUUGGAUUGAGAACAUGAACACAGUAUUGGACGAUAACAAGAUGUUGUGUUUGGCAAAUUCUGAGAGAAUUAAGUUCACACCGUACAUCCACAUGUUGUUUGAGGUGCAGGAUUUGGCCGUGGCGUCACCAGCCACUGUCAGCAGAUGCGGAAUGGUUUAUGUGGAUGCGGAUGAACUAAAGUGGAUGCCAUACGUACACAAGUGGAUGCACCAAUGGGAGGAUAGACUGAAGGAUGAAGUGAAAACAUACAUAAUGGAUCUGUUUGAGAGAUACGUGGAGCUUGGGCUACGCUUUGUCAGCAAAAAAUGCACGCAAGUUAUGAAUCAGGUGGACAUUGCCAAGGUUGUUACACUGUGCAAGCUUCUGGAAUCCCUGUUAUUCUGCCGUGGAGGCCCUGACUUUAAUAUGGAUCCAAAUAAACUGAACAUUCUCUUAUGUACAACAUUUGUAUUCUGUUAUGUAUGGUGUAUUGGAGGGAACAUUGUAGAAUCUAACUGGGAUGCUUUUGACACAUUCGUGAGGAAUACAUUUGACGACAACGGGGAUGCUAAGCUUCCGGCCGGUGGAGACUUGUGGAGCUGUUUUGUUGACUUUGAAACCAAGCGUAUGGAUAUGUGGGAGAAAAUAGUUCCAUCUUUCAAAUACAAUAAGGAAGUCCCAUUCUUUGAGAUGCUGGUACCCACUGUGGAUACUGUGAGGUUUGGUUACCUGCUUGAGAAACUUUUAGCUGUCAGACAUCCUGUACUAUACACUGGUGGAACUGGUGUCGGAAAGUCUGUGAUCGCCAGAGGAUUAUUAAACAAUAUCUCGGAAAAGGCGAGUUAUGUCCCUUACUUUAUCAACUUCUCAGCUCAGACGUCUAGUAAACGUACCCAGGAGAUGAUAGAGAGCAAACUUGAGAAGAAAAGAAAAACAGUACUUGGUGCUCCUCGUGACAAGAGAGUUAUAUUCUUUAUUGACGACUUGAACAUGCCUAAGCUUGACACCUACGGCUCUCAGCCUCCGAUAGAGUUGCUCCGCCAGUAUCAGGACUUUGGUGGUUUCUACGACAGAGACGUACUCUUCUGGCGAGAAAUUCAGUUUAUGAACUUAUUAUUAUUCCAGGACAUAGCACCAGAUAGUUUUGUAACUAAUCCUAUUUUGUUUGGAGACUUUAUCAAGAUGGGGACGGAGCGUGCCGACAGAUUGUACGAGGAGUUUGCCGACCAUAAAAAACUAGCUAAUGUUCUCCAAGAUUAUUUGGACGAUUACAAUAUGCAGUCACCUAAGGAAAUGAAGCUUGUGUUUUUCUUGGACGCUAUGGAGCACGUGUCACGUAUUGCACGUAUGAUCCGACAAGAACGUGGUAACGCUUUGCUGGUCGGUGUGGGAGGUACCGGAAAACAGUCCUUAACUAGAUUAAGCGCCCAUAUUUGUGGUUACAAAUGUUUCCAGAUAGAGUUAAGCAGAGGCUACGACUACGCAGCCUUCCACGAUGAUAUUAAAAAACUUUACGACAUGGCAGGAGUGAAAAAUGAACACACUGUCUUCCUAUUUACUGACACCCAGAUUGUGGUUGAAGAAUUUCUGGAAGAUAUUAAUAACAUCCUCAAUUCCGGUGAAGUUCCGAACUUGUUUGAACCAGAUGAGUACGAACAGCUGAUCAUCGGUUGUAGAGGUGCCGCUAAAGAACUCGGUAUCCCCGAGGGCAACAGAGAUGCCAUAUACGAUUUCUGUAUUAACCGUGUCAGGAAUAACCUCCAUAUUGUAUUAUGUAUGUCACCGGUCGGUAACGCAUUCCGAACCAGAUGCCGUAUGUUCCCGUCACUCGUAAACUGUUGUACAAUUGACUGGUUCACUGAGUGGCCGAGAGAGGCAUUGUUGGGCGUGUCUAAAUCAUUCUUUGAGAGUGUCGAACUUGGUACAGACGAACUUAAGCAAAGUAUUGCAGAGAUGUGUGUGGAGAUACACACAAGCGUGACGGACAUGGCGGACAGAUUCUUCAAUGAAUUGAAGAGAAAGUACUACACCACACCUACAAGUUACCUUGAACUGAUCAAUUUAUACUUGUCCAUGUUGCAAGAAAAAACAAAACAACUGAAAAUGGCAAAGGAUCGUGUACACAAUGGUCUGAUCAAACUGUUGGAGACCAAUGAACUCGUCGACAAGAUGAAGAAGGAGUUAGUGGCCCUUGAACCAGAACUUAAGAAAAAGUCGGAAGAUACAAAUAAUCUUAUGGAACGUCUGGUCGUUGAUCAAGAAAAAGCUGACGCGGUACGUAAAGUUGUCAUGGAAGACGAGGCCGUUGCCAAGGUGAAAGCAGAAGAGACUCAAGCUAUCGCAGAUGAUGCGCAGCGUGAUCUUGAUGAGGCCAUACCCGUACUGGAGGCGGCCAUUAAAGCUUUAGACGCCUUGGACAAGAGCGAUAUCUCUGAAAUCAAAGUGUUCAGCAAACCUCCUGAAAUGGUACAAACAGUGAUGGAGUCCGUGUGUAUUCUUCUCGGACAAAAGACGGAUUGGGCAUCAGCUAAAGCUAUGUUAGGAGAUGCUAACUUCUUGAAGAAACUUUAUGAAUAUGACAAGGACAAUAUUGGUGAGAGUAUUCUUAAGAAACUGAAGAAAUACAUUGAGAAUCCAAAAUUCAUUCCUGAGGAAGUGGCCAAAGUGUCAAAGGCGUGCAGAUCUAUGUGUAUGUGGGUAAGAGCUAUGGACACUUAUGCCCAUGUAUACAGAACAGUUGAACCUAAACGGCAAAAGUUAGCUACAGCCCAGGCCGAGUUAGAUGCUGUGAUGACAAUGUUACGUGAGAAACAGGCGAAACUCGCAGAAGUCGAGGCGAAGAUCGCCGAGCUGCAGAAGACGUACGAUGACAGCAUGGCUGAGAAACAAAAACUAGAGAGAAACAUCUCGACUACCGCAGCUCGAUUGAAGAGAGCGGCCAAACUUACGACUGCUCUAGGUGACGAACAAGUCAGGUGGGGUGAGACAGUCGACAAAUUCAAUAUUGAGAUUGGCAAUGUGACAGGCGACGUGUUUGUGGGUGCAGCUUGUGUAGCGUAUUACGGCGCGUUUACCAGCGUGUAUCGUCACGAGCUCGUAGAGAACUGGAUACAGCGAUGUAAAGAACUGGAUAUCCCGGUAACGCAGGGUAUGACGAUAACAAGCGUGCUGGCAGAUAACUACGAGAUAAGACAGUGGAACACCGACGGUCUGCCGAAAGAUCAGGUCUCGACUGAAAAUGCUAUCCUAGUUACAAGAGGGCGACGAUGGCCACUUAUGAUUGAUCCACAGGAGCAGGCAAACAGAUGGAUCAGAAACAUGGAGAACAAGAAUGGUUUGAAGAUCAUCAAGCUGACUGAUGGUAAUUUCUUGAGAACACUGGAAAACUGUAUCCGUAUAGGUAUGCCGGUACUUUGUGAGGAUUUGGGUGAAUUCCUUGACCCGGCCCUGGAACCAGUCUUGUUGAAGCAGACUUUCAUGCAGGGUGGUAGAUUACUGAUCCGACUUGGUGAUAGCGACAUUGACUAUGAUAAGAACUUCAAGUUCUACAUGACCACGAAGAUGUCCAAUCCUCAUUAUCUACCUGAAGUCUGCAUUAAAGUGACCAUCAUUAACUUUACUGUCACCAAAUCUGGUCUGGAGGAUCAGUUACUCAGUGAAGUGGUAAGCUUGGAACGUCCUGACCUUGAAGAACAGAGGAACCAGCUCAUCACAAAGAUCAAUGCUGACAAGAACCAGCUGAAGGCUAUAGAAGACAGAAUUCUCAAGCUCCUGUUUGAAUCUGAGGGAAACAUCUUAGACAAUGAGGAGCUCAUUAACACAUUGAAUGAUUCUAAGCUGUUUAACCAGACAAUAGAGAACAGCGAGAAAAAUCCCGACCUUGAGAAGAGGUUGGAGAUAUGUCUGCGGGAAACCACCCUCUCUAUAUACCAGAAUGUGGCAAGAGGUUUAUUUGAGAAGGACAAACUUGUGUUCUCGUUCAUGUUGUGUGUUGAGAUAAUGAGAAACGCGGAAGAAAUCUCUGUCCCGGAGUGGAACUUCUUCCUACGUGGUGCCGCAGGUCUUGAUAAGCAGCGUCCACCAAAACCAAGUGUACCUUGGAUCAGUAGGCAAGUGUGGAACUCGGCUUGUGACCUUAGUGACUCGCUACCGGCUUUCCGUGGAAUUUACAAUGACUUAACAAAAACUCCUUGCUGGGUCCAAUUAGGAGAAAAUUUGAUAAGAGGAAACCCUGAAACAGAUGAAAGUUAUGGGCCUGAGCCAGAUGCACCAGAUGCUGCUGAAGAUCAAGAAAUAAUAGAUGAUGGCACAGUGAAAGGUCACUGGGACAAGAGACUGACAAGUUUCCAGAAACUUAUGUUCAUUAAAGUAUUCAAGGAAGAAAAAACUAUAUUUGGAACAACAGACUUUGUGAGAGAAAACUUGGGCAAUCAGUUUGUUGAGAGUCCAAAUGUUGCAUUACAAACCCUGUAUAAUGACAUGACCAAGGUGGCGCCACUUGUGUUUGUGCUGAGCACGGGCUCAGAUCCUAUGGGAGCUUUCCUUAGAUUUGCAAGAGAGACCGGUAACACUGAUAAGGUCCAGUCCAUCUCACUGGGUCAAGGUCAAGGUCCAGUGGCGGAGAAAAUGAUCAAAAGUGCUAUACAGAAUGGAGACUGGGUCUUCCUGCAGAACUGUCAUUUAGCAGCA